AAGUAAACAGUCGGUCGACGGUCGAUGCGCUUCCUGCAUGUGUUGACGCUAAAUUCGGUUCUGUUUCAAGAACACUUUUGUGCUUAAGCUUUCUUCCAUCUAGUUUCUACUGAAAAUAACUUAAUUUUUUAUUUUUAAUAUAACAGCAAAAUGGACCGUCAAAGUGAUUAUUAUGGAAAUUUGUCGGCCCCGGGGGCUAUCGACGAUUCACUGUCACGAAAUCGAUGUUGUUCCAUUUGCAAGAGUGCAAACCGCAAGCUCAGCGGUUUAUUGGAAUCGGAUAUCGGCUCGAAGGAACUGAGAAUGCUAGUCCGUAAAUAUCUUGGAAUAAAGGUUAAACCAUCUAACGCAAAUACACAUGUUUGCGUGGAAUGUAUCGAACAGCUUGAAUCAUUCAAAUGGUUCGACUAUCAGGGAAGAAUGAAUGAUGCCUUUCUUAAGCGGCUUCCGAAUAAACUGCUGCCUGGGGAAGAAAAGUAUUGUCGAUUAUGCUUAACCACCAAUAACCGUUUGCAAGAAAUAUUCGUACAAGAUUCUCUACAGCCCAAUAAUGAGCUUUGUGAUUUAAUUAAAGAAAGUAUUAGCAUAGAAAUUGAAUACCAACGCGACUUCACCUCCAACAUUUGUAAAUUGUGUCGCACACAACUCGAAAAGUUUGUUGAGUUCAAACGCAUUGCACAGCAGUUGCAAAAUACAACUUUAGAAAAGAAGAAGGAAGCAAUGGAAGUAUCAGAAUGUAAUAACAGCAAAAUUGUUGAGCCCUUGUUAGAAGUACAAACUAACGAGAACGUAAUAAAGACUAAGAAGCCAAGACGCCGAAGACGCACCAAAGCAGAAAUGGCCCUGGCCCGGGCGCAGGAAAGUCUAAUCAAAGAGCAAUCGUUACCAAAGAAUAAGUUAAGGAAGGAAACUUCAGCGAAAGAUACUGCACUGGCUGCGGCCGAGCGUAAAAAUGUUUAUCAAAUUCUGUGGAUGCCGGAUGAUGAACGGAACUUCGAGACCAUCAGGGAUAAGAAGGGCCGAGUACGAAUUUGUAUGGAUGGGCACACCUUCUACCUUUACCGCAUGAAAUCGGAUGGGACGAGCUUGUGGAAUUGUGACUACAAGUCGAUCCACUGUUGCAAAUUCGAAUUAAUUGUCAGCAGUAACGGGAAGAUGGCCACAGCUCGCGGAUCAGCUCAUAGGCAUGGUAAGGAGCCCGUUCCCAUUAUACAGUGCCCCUUGGGAAAAGGAACGUUGUUGCACGAUGAUGGAACUGAAGAGUCUUUUUGGUUGCUGGACGUAAAGAGGAGUAACAGCCAUGUUGUACGACAGUUGAUUUACCAAAACUACAGUUUCGUUUUACGUGCCUGUUUCAGCAAUGGUGGGAAAGAUACGAGUUUAUGGGCCUGUAAGCAAAACCAGUGCACAGUAACGCUGGACGUUAGUGGAGUUUUUGAAACAAUUACGGUUUUGAAAGGCACCCACACGCAUGCAGAGAUUACGAAUCUAGAGCUACGAGAAGCUUUGAAAAACAGUAAAGUUAAUAAAUGUGGAGCAGAUGUUGUUACACCUUUCCGAGAUGGGAAAACCGACCCAGAAACUAGCACUGGACUAAGAACAGCACCAAAGGUUAUCGCUAAAAUGUCUACCGUGAACGAAAAACGCAAUUUUAUUUUGAUGGAAGUUAGAGAAGGCGUGUAUAAAAUAAGAUACCGAGGACACGAUUUCAAGUUUUGCCUAAAUAGGCCGGAUGGAACAACACUUUGGAAGUGCAUUUGGGACAGUAUACAUAAUUGCAAAGCGGUUAUCGUUAUUACAAAUGAUGGAUCUUAUGCCGAUAAUUACGGGCUCAUGGAACACAGCCAUUCUCCAAACAUGGCAAUGAUCUUACAAUGUGAGCCUAAAGAAUAUUCAGUUCUGAAUAGUGCUCAAGGUGUUCUAGAAAGUGUCAAAUUAUUUGCGCGUGAAUGCAAGUACUUUCGUAGCCGCACGAUAUUGUUUCGCUGUCAUUUGUAUAAUUUGUAUGAGGUUGUCAACAAUGAAUCCAGAUGGUCCUGUUUUAGGAAUGAUUCCCACAAGCAGCAGUGUCCAGCAUCUUUAAUCAUAACAGGAAAAAUGGAUUCAUUUCUUCAGAAAGGGAUACACUGCCACAUGCCCCUACAAAAACAGGACAUCAAGAGUAUGAUCCAACCGGGAAAUGUCGUGCUUUUUUCGGCUCUGAAACAAUGGGAUAGUUUGCAAACAGUGGAUACGUCGGAAAUGGAGACAACCGAUGAUGUACUGGACAUGUUGAAGCAGCAACUUUUAAAGUUUCCUGUCGGACAUGGUGUCAUCUGGGAUAAGACGUCUAGCAAAGAAAAUCCUUUCUGCUUCGUCAAGGAUUUGGUUAGAAGCAAAGAAGUGUCGUACAAAUUUAUCUAUCAACAAUGCCGUUACGCAUUUGCCUCGAUCGAUGAGUAUGGUAUCAGCCAGUGGGUCUGCUGUCAGGUGCUGGGAAACAGUUCAUUGAUGGGGGCCUGUUCUGCACGGGUAACGAUCGAAGGCGUCUUCCAGCGGGUUACUACUAGAGGAGUUCACAAUCAUUCAUGAAGCGAUUAACCAAAGAAUGGUAAUUUAAAACUAAUGCGCUCGAGCAGAGGAAAUUUUCUGAAUACUUUUUAGAUAAUACUCGUAUUAUUUUCAUUAAUUUCAUUCUUAAUCAUUAUUUAUUGCCAUUUUCACAAUUCGCCUUGAUAACAGAAUUCUCAAUAUUUUAUCGAAUAGAUUCGUUUCCCAAUAAAUUUUAUAGUUGGUAGUCAGCUAUUAAUAGUUUAUAAGAUAAAGCCAUCAAAAUAUGUGAAACUACGAAAUUUCAUAUAAAUGAUCUCGAAACCAUAGCAUGCAUUAUAUAGCACAAGAUAAAUAUCGUUUAUAUCUAAUAUCUAAUAUGUUGAAUUCGACUUAAAUAGUUUAUAUACGUUCAAUUCUAGAGGUUGUGGUGCGCACAGGUAACAUGAUGCGCCCCGAUGAGAUUGACAAUAAAUGCAAAUGUGCGCCGUCAUAUUUGUUGUUAGUCAGCUUGAGAUGCAAUAACAAUAAAGAGACAUGUAUUUUAGUUUA